AAUCGGAAUUUUGGUAGUAGAAAAUAGCAUAGAAAUUAAAUUAAAAUUGAUUGGUGAACAUAUUACAUAAGCAGCAGAAUAAAAUUUUGGGUUAACAUUAAGUUGGCUUUGCAUGUAAAAAUCUUCCGAAUUGUUUAAAAAAAUUGUCCUCUUUGUGGUAAUUUGCAGAAAUCUCAACAAACUGUUGCACCUGUAAUUGCUAAAACUUUGACUGGGAUUCGACAAUUUGUAAUUGAGGGUGUGCCUCUAUGUUACCAUGUGAGAAAGCGAAGGUAAAAUAAUUUCCUACCGGCUUCACAAGGCCGUUACGUUGGCACGCCAAAGGAACACCCGUCCAUAGUGUCACCGGAAUGGCACCUCCUCCAAGAAAACGCUCAUCAGCCGGAUCUACUGGUCCAGUUCCUGCAAACUUUCGUCCUUUUGUAGAGAAAGGACGCUGGGCAGCGAAAGGGACACUCCCACUUCCUGAACCUACCACAAUCCCAGAAAUUCUUACCAAGGUAGCUGUCUAUGUUUGUCGCAAGGUGCUGUUCGUCGAUCCAAAAAUCAGAUUGUUGGCCUAUGCAGUCUGCCUCUUCUUCUUGUCCUUGGUGGCCGACUACAUGCCUUUCCCCAAAACCUAUUUUUCCUACAAGGACAACUUCCUGAAUGUGUGGUUUGUCAAGUUCAGUUGGGCCUGGACAUUUGUUCUCAGUGGGAUGUUCAUGUAUUUAACAUCUUCGACUUACUCAUGUGGGGAUCGAAACCGAACUACUCGACACAUGCUAAGACUAGUAAUUGGAACUUUAGUUUGGUUCGUAUGGACCAAUACUUUCCAAAUGAUUGAAGAAUCUACUGGAAAGUGCGUGAUGGACCAAUCAAUUUUAUACUCUGUUAAAACUCGUAGGACAUGCGUCUCUAAAACCGGACAGUGGAUGAGCUUUGAUAUUUCAGGACACGCUUUCCUCCUGAUUUGGUGUGUGUUCUUUAUCUGUGAGGAAGCAAAGGCUAUCAUUGGAUGGGAUAAUAUUAAGGAGCUCAUACGAACAGAGGAAUACAACAGGAUCAAGGCAGGACAACAGGGAACAAGUGGAGAUGCAGCUCUAGGGGAAACAUCGUUAAAUGUUUUAUCAGACGAAGAAUUUGCAGAACUCAAGACACGAUACAAUGUUUACAAUGUGCCUGCAAAAAUUGUUCUCAUGUUUAUGACUAUGCUGUGUAUGCUGUGGGAUCUGAUGAUUCUAAUGACUUCAGUUUACUUUCAUGUCAUGGUGGAAAAAGUACUUGGGGGACUAAUUGCAGCGUUCACUUGGUUUGUAAUUUAUCGAGGGUUGUAUAAGUCUGUGUCGUUCAUUGGCCUUCCUGGAAAUGGGCUGUUCAAGUAUAACUUUGAAUCUAAAUCAACAACGCCCUACGCGAAAGCAAGCUCUCAAGCUUCCUCUAGUUCAAAUUCAUCAUCAUCGACGAGUAGCAAGGCGAGAGCUGCCGGAAGUGGACAAGGCAGACAACGUGCAAAAGAGCCCGACGAUAUCCCAAAGUUCUUAGGAAUGCCAUUGUACGCCCUACAAAAAGGGAAAAAGGCCACUGACAAGAAAAGUUCCGAAAAUCUGAAUGCGUCUUCAUAACGAGGAAUAAUUUUCUAUAACACCAACAUGAUAAUCAUACAAUGAUUUAAACACACCGGUUAUUACUAUAAUUUCAUACGAAACACUUUCUUCUAUAAAAACCUGUAAGAGUUCAAGUCCAAGCAAUGUUUGUCAGUCACAAAAAUAAGAUAACCUUAUAAAAUCACGACGAGUAUGCAUAUAUGCUAUUAAAAUACAUUUUAUUGCUGUUUACUUCGAGAAAUGUUGUUACCGAAUAAAAAAAAUAACUUGCGAAA